UAGUACAGCACGUAAGAUGCGCAGCGCGGCCGAGCUCGCCGCCGCCCAGCUGGCCGCGUACAACGCCAAGGACCUCGACGCCUUCUGCGCCUGCUACAGCGACGACGUGGUCGUGCUGAAGCUGCCCAGCACGACGCCUGCGCUGGUCGGGAAGAACCAGUUCCGUGCCAACUAUGUGGCUACCUUUGCCAACCCCGUGAUCCAAGCGCACGUGCCGACGCGUCUUCCGCUGGGCGAGACCCAGUGCCUCGACCAUGAGAUUUGCAUCCGAUCGGCCGAUCCGAGUGAGCCGCCGAUGGAGCUCAUGGUCAUGUACGAGGCCAGAAACGACCGCAUUGUCAAGGCCACCUUCUUCUUCCGGCACGACGCGUAGCACGUAUGAGGCGCUGGCCGCGU